CCUAUGUUUAUUGGUGACAAAAAUAAAACUCAUGAAAAAAGUUCAUAAUUUUUUUAGUAACAUAUUCUGAUUGGUCCUUGAAAAGGGAAUUCCAACAUGGUUGGAAGGGGCAGAAAUUUUUUAUUUUGUAUGAAUUUUUUACAUCGUUUAAGAACAUAUAACCCCAAAACAAGGUUUUCUUCUAGUGCAUCAGAGGAGGGAUGGAAGUUGAUCCAAUUCACGGAGAUCAAGCCUUUUGUAGAACGUUGCAUGGCAACAGUUGGUACAAAAAAGGAGCACGCGAGUCAGCUGGCAGAUGCCCUAAUUAAAGCCGACUACCGAGGACAUUAUAGCCAUGGAAUUAACCGACUACAUAUGUAUGUAAAGGACAUAAAGUCUGGCAUCACAGUUCAUGAUAUGGAACCGGUAACAGUAAAAGAAUCGGCGGCCACAGCUCUGGUGGAUGGGCAGAAUGUAUUGGGCCCAGUUGUUGGAAACUACUGUAUGAAGAUAGCAAUACAGAAAGCUAAGGAAACUGGAGUUGGAUGGGUAGUUGCCAGAGGUUCUAACCACUAUGGAAUUGCUGGGUUUUACAGUUUGCAAGCAUUGGAAGAGGGAAUGAUGGGCAUGUCUUUCACUAACACUUCACCAUUACAAGUACCAACUAGAGCCAAAAAGCCAACUUUAGGAACUAACCCCAUAACUCUUGCUGCUCCGGGCAAGAAUGGAGACAGUUUUCUGCUUGAUAUGGCAACUUCCACUGCUGCAGUUGGGAAGGUCGAAAUCUGUCAAAGAAAAGGAACAAACAUGCCAAAAGGUUGGGGUGUAGACCAGGCAGGAAAGGAAACCACCAAUCCAGAUGAGGUUUUGGAAGGAGGUGGACUGAUGCCAUUGGGAGGAUCAGAAGAGUGUGGUGGCUAUAAGGGGUAUGGGCUGGCCAUGUUGGUGGAAAUAUUCUGUGGAAUUCUCAGUGGUGCAGAGUGGGGUCCAAAUAUUCGCAAAUGGAUGAAAACUGACAGAGUUGCCAAUCUGGGGCAGUGUUUUAUAGCAAUAAACCCAGAGAACUUUGCAAGUGGCUUUACUGACAGGAUGCAGGAAUUGAUGGAUACUUGUAGAAAUCUAGAACCAGCAGAAGGUGAGAGUGAAGUCCUUGUUGCUGGGGACCCUGAGAGAAAACACAUGUCACAAUGUGAUAGGGAAGGUGGGAUAAGAUACCAUCCAAACCAAAUUGCUUAUCUGGAAGAUUUGGCCAAAGAGCUGGGAGUUGCACCAAUGGUAUCAGCAUAGCAUUGCUGGACAGAGAUAUGAACAUUCAGUUGCAGCAUGUCAACACAGUCUAUGUUCUAAUUGCAUUGUUCAUAUUAAAAUUGUGCUGCCAAGAAAAAAAAUAAUUGUGAUAAAAGUAGUGUUCAUGAAGUUUUUGAUAUGAAAGGAUUUUUAAAUGAGGCUAUGGUACAAACCAUUUAAUAGAGGUUUGAUACUUAUGUUGCACAUUUUAAUUAAUAAGAUAAAACUGCAUACCUGCACCAUUUUACAAUCAAUUUGUAUGAUUCAAAACUUAUUAUCAUGGCAAUGUUUUAUGAGAUUCUAUCAGCUGUUUUAGUGGUGUUGAAAUGACAGAAAUGAGGACUUGUUGUAAUUUUAUUUAGUUCUGUAUCAUCAAUAAUUUCUGCAGCUACUGCAUUUUUAGGACCUGUUCAGAACCAGUUUGAUCUGCAGACAAAGACCCCAUUUCCAGAGAUUUGAUCAAUCUACUUUAGA